AUGUCUUAUGGUGGAACAUACGGCGGUAAUCCCGGGGGCGGAUCUAGCGGCGGAGGAUACAACGGAGGAUAUGGCGGUAGCGGUGGUGGAUAUGCAGGUGGUGGAGGUGGUGGAUAUGCAGGUGGUGGGGGAGGUGGAUACGCGGGUGGUAGUGGUGGGUACAGUGCAGGCUAUGGCGAUCCAGGAGGAUUCGCUCCCUCGCGAGGCCCGUACGGACCACCAGCUGGUGCGGAUCCCCAGUUGUGGAACUGGUUCAUGGCGGUCGACACCGACCGUUCGGGGCAGAUCAACAUGCACGAACUUCAGAAGGCGCUGAUCAAUGGCGAUUGGACGCCCUUUGACUUGGAUACAGUGAAGAUGCUCAUGACGAUCUUCGAUGUCGACCGAAGCGGGACGAUUGGAUUCAACGAAUUUUCUGGUCUUUGGAAAUACAUACACGACUGGCAAGGCGUCUAUCGACACUUUGACCGAGACCGCUCGGGGACAAUUGACACCCAGGAGCUGCGCGAUGCGCUGACCCAGUUCGGGUAUAACCUCUCGCCCAGACUGCUCGCCAUGGUCGAGAAGAAGUACGACAUCCACACAGGCUCCGGCGUGGGUCCUUCGGGCUCGCAGGGCACAGGAGGGCCGCCAGGGAUCACGUUCGACCGGUUCGUGCGCGCAUGCGUCGUUGUAAAGCAGCUCACAGAAAGCUUCCGCCGCCUCGACACGGACGGAGACGGCUGGGUGCAGAUGAGCUAUGAGCAGUUCAUGGGCACCGUGCUCAGUGCACCGUGA